AUGUUUGGUCAUCGCGUUGACUGCAAAAGUAAAAGUUACCAUCUAUUGAUUGGUUUAGCUAUAUUCUAUUUACACACAAUUUCCUGUAAGGAUCAACAGUCCAAGGGAGAAGCGAAAUUUGAAUGGCCCUGGUCGCGUUGGAACAAGACAACCACAAAAGGAAAACCUGCAUACAAAAAUGACUAUAAUCAAAUGGAUAUAUCACAAUUUAGUGACUUUGAACGUCAUCCGUGUCGUCGCGUUUGCCAGCAGGGACAGUCACAGAGUUGUUACUACCAAUUGGUCAUACACAACUAUCAACGUUUGGGUCCCGAGUGUCAGCGUUGUCCAUACGAUGAACGUGCCUGCGCCUCAGAGAGUUGUAUCUAUGGCGAUGGCGUGGCUACACCAGUGAUGGCCAUUAAUCGCAUGGUUCCGGGCCCUAGUAUUGAGCUAUGCGAGAACGACACCGUGGUUGUCGAUGUGCUCAAUUAUUUGUCUGAGCCCUCAACAAUGCAUUGGCAUGGUGUGCAUAUGACACGUUCCCCAGAGGCGGAUGGAGCCCCCUUUGUGACGCAGUAUCCAGUGCAGCCGGGUGAGGUCUAUCGCUAUGAAUUUGAAGCAGAUCGCAGUGGCAGUCUUUGGUAUCACAGCCAUGUGGGCUGGCAGCGUGGCUUUGGCGUGGCUGGAGCUUUAAUAGUACGUCAAUCACGUCAGGAGAAUCAACACUCUCAGCUCUAUGACUAUGAUCUGGUUGAGCAUGCAUUAAUGCUGCAGGAUAUAUUCUAUGAUCGGGACUUGCAGCAACCAAGGAAUAUUCUUAUUAAUGGCAAGGGUAGAAAUCAUUUGAGUCAGUUAUCCGACAGCGACAGUCGACAUCGUUACGAACGUUUGCGUGUUACUCCAGGAUAUCGUUAUCGCAUGCGGAUCAUACUCAAUGGCAUUUUCAAUUGUCCCGUGGAGUUCUCCAUUGAACAGCAUAAACUUCUGAUCAUAAGCACCGAUGGCAAUGAUAUUGAACCUGUUUUGGCAGAUGGCUUCUUUCUAACAUCAGCCGAACGCUUCGAUUUCAUCCUCGAAGCCAAUCAGUAUGCCAAAAACUAUUGGAUACGUGUUCGUGGCUAUGAGGAAUGCGAGAAUCGUAAACUGUAUCAGGGAGCUGUUCUAAGCUAUCGGGGUGCUACCCGUACUGAGUUACCUCAGGGAGAAAUUCUCGAAACAAGCACCAGCACCAGAGAUUUUACAGAUCCUCCACUUUUCAUCAAUGAUUUUCGCUUCAAAGCCGCCAAUGAAAGUGUUUUCUCCAAUACUUUACGCCAGUUGGAUAAGGAUAAUAACGUGGGCACUGUGGCUUUGCGAUCAUUGCAUCCAGUGCCCUGGUCAAGAUAUACCAAAUUCCAAACAUACUACUCCAGUUUCAGUUUACGGCAAUCACCGAAUGGAGAGCAACUAUUUCAGAUUGAUGAGAUUACCUACAAUUCACCUGGCAUAUCUUUGCUUCAGGGUCGAAAUCUCUUCAAUGAUGAUGGUUAUUUCUGCAACAGCAGUUCCCUGGCCACACAGGGACGCAACUGUCAGAGGGAUUUGUGCGAAUGCGUUCAUGUGAUUCGGAUGCCCGCCUUCAGACCUAUCGAAAUGGUUGUGGCCAACUAUAUGGAUGCCACACAUCCGUUUCAUAUACAUGGCUAUACGUUUCGAUUGGUGGGUCAGGGUGUUCUUGGCAAUUUAAAUGAUUUGCGUAAUAUACGUGAGCUCGAUCGUCGUGGUCGCCUUUCCCGUCUGCCCGAGGAUUAUGCUGCAGUGGCCAAGGAUACCGUACAGUUACCUGGCCUGGGAUAUAUUAUAGUUCGUUUUAUUUCCGAUAAUCCAGGCUUCUGGUUAUAUCAUUGUCACGUCGAAUCCCAUGCCGUGCAAGGUAUGGUGGCGGUUCUCAAGGUUGGCGAAGAUCACCAAAUGAAACGUUUGCCAGCCCGCGUACGUUGUUAA